GCCGGACUGCAUCCGCCGCGGCGUCUCCAUGGCACGACCCUGGCCUCCGACUUCAACGACUUCAUAAGGAGACGGUUCUGGGCGCAGCCGUGCCGCUCUUGGACAGUUGCUGUGCGACUUGGACAGUAGAGGAACGCCUCCCAAGUUUUCAUCCAACUGCCACCCCCAAAGCUUCCACCCUCCUCCCCUCAGAGAGAGGACGUUUGAUGCCUGGCCCUUGAGAUUCUCAUUGGCAAGCCCCUCUGGGUCCCCCUGAGCAGAGCCUGCCGACCCAAUUGCCCACCUUUGCGGCUUUGAUGCUUAGCCAUGUCUGCCUCAUCCUCAGGCGGCUCCCCCAGGUUUCCAUCGUGUGGGAAGAACGGAGUAACGAGUCUCACACAGAAAAAGGUCUUGAGAACACCUUGUGGCGCACCCAGCGUAACUGUGACGAUCAACCUUUUUUGUGUUGCCCUCCCCUGCCUGCCAGAGGUGAACCAUGAAGGACCGAUCUUCAACUCCCCCCUUACAUGUUCACGUGGAUGAGAACACUCCUGUCCACGUCCACAUAAAAAAACUCCCGAAACCAUCAGCAGCCACCAGCCAGAAAUCUCAUAAGCGCGGAAUGAAAGGGGACACCGUGAAUGUACGGCGGAGUGUCCGGGUGAAAACCAAGGUACCUUGGAUGCCCCCUGGAAAAUCAUCUGCGCGUCAUGUGGGAUGCAAGUGGGAGACUCCACCUCACUGUCUGGAGAUCACACCACCAUCUUCAGAGAAGCUGGUCUCGGUGAUGCGAUUAAGUGACCUCUCUACAGAAGACGACGAUUCCGGUCACUGUAAAAUGAACCAUUACGAUAAGAAGAUUGACAGUCUAAUGAACGCGGUUGGUUGUCUCAAGUCUGAGGUCAAGAUGCAGAAAGGCGAACGUCAAAUGGCCAAAAGGUUCCUGGAGGAGAGGAAGGAAGAGCUGGAGGAGGUUGCUCAUGAGCUGGCAGAGACGGAGCAUGAAAACACAGUGCUCAGACACAACAUCGAGCGCAUCAAAGAGGAGAAGGACUUCACCAUGCUUCAGAAGAAACACCUCCAGCAGGAGAAGGAGUGCCUCAUGUCCAAAUUGGUAGAGGCUGAAAUGGACGGAGCAGCUGCUGCCAAGCAAGUCAUGGCCUUGAAGGAUACCAUCGGGAAGCUAAAAACCGAGAAACAGAUGACUUGCACCGACAUCAACACCUUGACGAGGCAGAAGGAACUUCUCCUGCAGAAGCUGAGCACCUUUGAGGAGACCAACCGCACCCUCCGAGAUCUGCUGAGGGAACAGCACUGCAAAGAGGAUUCCGAGAGACUAAUGGAGCAACAAGGUGCAUUACUGAAACGUCUGGCAGAGGCGGACUCAGAGAAAGCGCGCCUGCUGUUACUGCUGCAGGACAAGGACAAGGAGGUGGAAGAGCUCCUCCAGGAGAUACAAUGUGAGAAGGCUCAAGCAAAGACAGCAUCUGAGCUCUCCAAGUCCAUGGAGUCCAUGCGCGGGCAUCUACAGGCACAGCUCCGGUGCAAAGAGGCUGAGAACAGUCGCCUGUGCAUGCAGAUCAAGAACUUGGAGCGCAGUGGGAACCAGCACAAGGCGGAAGUGGAGGCCAUCAUGGAGCAGCUAAAGGAACUGAAGCAAAAGGGAGACCGAGACAAAGAGACCCUGAAGAAGGCCAUCCGAGCCCAGAAGGAGCGAGCGGAGAAGAGUGAGGAGUAUGCCGAGCAGUUACACGUGCAGCUUGCUGACAAGGACCUUUAUGUCGCUGAAGCUUUAUCUACCCUGGAGUCAUGGAGGAGCCGCUACAACCAAGUGGUGAAAGACAAAGGAGACCUGGAGUUGGAAAUUAUCGUCUUGAAUGACCGGGUGACAGAUCUUGUAAACCAGCAACAAAGCUUGGAGGAGAAGAUGCGGGAAGACCGGGACAGCCUUGUGGAGAGACUGCACCGGCAGACUGCUGAGUAUUCUGCAUUCAAGCUAGAGAAUGAGAGGCUCAAGGCUAGCUUCGCCCCUAUGGAGGACAAACUCAACCAGGCUCAUCUGGAGGUCCAGCAGCUGAAGGCAUCGGUGAAGAACUACGAGGGCAUGAUCGACAACUAUAAGAGCCAGGUGAUGAAGACCAGAUUGGAGGCUGAUGAAGUAGCUGCCCAGCUAGAGCGCUGUGACAAAGAGAACAAGAUGCUUAAAGACGAGAUGAACAAAGAGAUUGAGGCGGCCCGCCGGCAGUUCCAGUCGCAGCUGGCUGACCUGCAACAGCUGCCUGACAUCCUCAAGAUCACAGAGGCCAAGUUGGCUGAGUGCCAAGACCAGCUGCAGGGCUACGAGAGGAAGAAUAUCGACCUCACAGCCAUCAUUUCAGACCUGCGCAGCCGGAUCGAACACCAGGGGGACAAGCUGGAGAUGGCGAGAGAGAAACAUCAGGCUUCCCAGAAGGAAAAUAAACAGCUGAGUCUGAAGGUGGAUGAACUGGAGAGGAAAUUGGAGGCCACCAGCGCCCAGAAUGUCGAGUUCCUACAGGUGAUUGCCAAGAGGGAGGAGGCAAUUCACCAGGCUCAGCUGCGGCUGGAGGAGAAAACGAGGGAGUGUGGAUCCUUGGCGAGGCAGCUGGAGAGUGCCAUUGAAGAUGCCAGGCGGCAGGUGGAGCAAACCAAGGAGCAGGCGCUCUCCAAGGAGCGAGCAGCCCAGAGCAAAAUCCUGGACCUUGAGACCCAGCUGAGCAGGACCAAGACAGAACUUGGCCAGCUGCGGCGUACCCGUGAUGAUGCGGAUCGGCGAUACCAGAGCCGGCUGCAGGAUCUGAAGGACCGCCUGGAGCAGUCUGAGAGCACCAACCGCAGCAUGCAGAAUUACGUCCAGUUCCUCAAGUCGUCCUACGCCAAUGUAUUUGGGGACGGCCCCUAUACAUCCUCUUACCUGACGAGCUCACCCAUCCGCUCCCGGUCUCCCCCUGCCUGAGGCCCCCUGUCCAAGGGCUACAGCCCUUGCCUGAUUCCAGGGACCUGAGGAGUUGCCAUCCUGAAGCUGCCCAGCCCACUGGCUUUCUCCUCAGGUGAUCAGAUGUGCUCAGGGUCUGUUUCCUAAUGGCGGGAAAGUCCCUAGUGUAGCUGGGGAUGAAUCAGGAAGAGGGUGGGUCUCUUUCCUGAUCUGUGAGCCUGGUGGAAUUCUUCAGUGGCCUUCACAGGCCUUUAUUUGCUACACCAGGUGCCAGAUUUGUAAACCCCUGUGACUUUGCAGAGUCUGCUUCCUUUCCUGGGGACUGUUGGGUGGGCUUUCCCCUGCAGUCCCCUCCAACCCUCUUUCGGUGCACCCAUGUCUUGGGUUUCUCUGGGCUGAAGCAGCAGGAGUCCUCUUGGACUGUGAACCACCUACAUCACCUUUUCCUCUUUUAAUUUAUUAUUUUAUUUUUACUCAAAACAAAACUUUAUUGGUAUUAAGAAAUAGUGAAAUCAGAUAAAUUAGUAACUGAGUGGGUGAGUCUGUGCUUGUAUCAGCAUAAAGAUAAAAUGGAAGCAGAAAGAUACAUUUACCCCUGGCCCAUGGAGGUAAGAUGCUCACGGCUCCCUUUGCUCCUUUGGAAUCUGUAGCUACAAAUGUCAUGAAAUGGAGUAGCAGUGAGCUAUGAAUUGUUUGAGCACAAAGCUAACUGUGGCAAGUAUGCUCAUGACAGUGUAUUCUGGUUUCACAGUGCUGUAAACACUUUGUUCACCAGCUCUUAAUGGCAGGAAAAAUGGGAAUGCUUCAGGAAUUUUCCUGUUGUCCUUGAGCAGGGGCCAUGCCAAUCUUCUCUGAAUUCCAGUUUUAGCGUAGGGGCUGCUGAAGUGAGCACCGCCUUUUCCUUCUUGACAGUAGAGCAGGAAUCGGUAUUUUCUGUAGUGCCAAUGUAGAGGCUACUUGUCCCCAGCACUUCACAGAAGCUAACGUCCAUCUGGCCUUAAAGUAUAAUCCCUAUCUCAUUGCUUUUCAUUUCUCUUUGUAUUUCUGAAAUUCAUUUAUUUUUGAAAUUUUU